AUGUUGUCAAAUACUUUAUUAGCUUUAUUAGCUACUUCUGCUUCUGCUUUAGCUGCUUCAAACAGUGUUGCUGUCUACUGGGGUCAAAAUGGUGCUGGUGGUCAAGACAGAUUGAGCACCUACUGUGCUGAUUCCAACGUUGAUGUCGUCAUUUUGUCAUUCUUGAAUGAUUUCCCAGAUCCAACCAAUGUUAACUUUGCUAACCAGUGUGGUGCUACUUACCCAUCUGGUUUAUUGCACUGUUCUGCCAUUGGUGAAGACAUCAAGACUUGUCAAGCUUCAGGUAAAAAAGUUUUGCUUUCACUUGGUGGUGCUGCUGGAAACUAUGGUUUCAAAACCACUGAUGACGCUGUCGCUUAUGCCGAUACCUUAUGGAACAAGUUUGGUAAUGGUAAAGAUGAUGAGGAAAGACCAUUUGAUGACGCUGUUGUUGAUGGUUUUGAUUUCGAUAUCGAAUUGGGUACUUCAACUGGAUACCCUGAAUUGGCAACUGCUUUAAAAUCAAAAUUCGAUUCAUCAAAGAAAUACUACUUGUCUGCUUCUCCUCAAUGUGUUUACCCUGAUGCUCACGUCGGUCCUUUGUUGGAAAAAGUUCCAUUGGAUUUCGCAUUCAUUCAAUUUUACAACAACCCAUGUUCAGUUGAUGGUCAAUUCAACUAUGACACUUGGUCCAAGUUUGCUUCAUCGUCACCAAACCCAGAUUUGAAAUUAUACGUUGGUGUUCCAUCUACUGGUAACGUUGCUGGAUACGUUGAUGCUGCUACCUUGGCCAAGUCUAUUGAUGAAAUCAAAUGUGACAAACAUUUUGCUGGUGUCUCACUUUGGGACGCUUCUGGUGCUUGGUUAAACACUGACGCUUCUGGUGCCAACUUUGCUGAUCAAGUUAAAAAAGUUUUGGAUGACAACACUUGUCCAGCACCAUCAUCAAGUAGUACCACUGCAUCUCCCUCCACCACCACCAACAACAACAAAGACAUUGUUGACCCAACUAGUGCCGUUGUUUCACCAUCUGGAGGAUACCAAAACACCACCAUUACCAAAGAUCCAGUUGUUUCUACUGCUACUAAUAUCCACACCACUAUUAUUACCGUCACUUCUUGUGACGACCACAAAUGUAGUGAAGUUCCAGUUACUACUGGUGUUUUGACCGUUAGUGAAGUUGAUACUGUUUACACCACUUACUGUCCAUUGCCAACCACCAGUGCUAAACCAACUACUUCAGUCAAGGCUCCAGCCUCUACUGUCACCAACAUUGAAACUGCCAUUGUUACCAUUACUUCAUGUGAAGACAACAAAUGUACCGAAGUUCCAGUCACCACUGGUGUUGUAACUAUUACUGAUGUUGACACUGUUUACACUACUUACUGUCCAUUGCCAACCACCACCGCUGCUGCUUCUAAACCAGCACCGGUUGCUCCAGUUGAAUCAUCUACUGCUCCAGCACCAGUUGCUCCAGUUGAAUCAUCUACUGCUCCAGCACCAGUUGCUCCAGUCGAAUCAUCCACUGCUCCAGCACCAGUUGCUCCAGUCGAAUCAUCCACUGCUCCAGCUCCAACUGUCGCUGCUCCAUCUGUUGAAGCUGAAACUCUCACCACCACCUACGACUUGACUUCAACUGUUGCUCCAGAACAACAAGCUCCAGCAUCAUCAUCAGCUGCUGCUCCUGAAAUCAUUUCAACUUAUGAAGGUGCUGCUGCUUCUAACAAUGCCAUGUGGUUCUCAGUUCCACUUGUGUUUAUUGCUGCCUUAUUGUAA